ACUCUGCCACCAUUAAGAGGAGAAACAUGGAGGAGCUGAGCGCUGACGAGAUUAGGCGUAGGCGCCUGGCUCGACUCGCUGGCGGGCCGUCCUCGCAGCCCACGACGCCGCUUACCUCUCCGCAACGAGAGAAUCCUCCUGGACCACCAACAGCAGCACCGGCCCCUGUCGCCUCUCACCAGCUUGGCUUAAAUGUUCAGGGCAUAACCCCAGCUACCUCACCUAUCGGAGGGUCAGGGGUGGCCCAUCGAAGCCAGAGCAGUGAGGGGGUCAGUUCGCUCAGCAGUUCCCCAUCGAACAGCCUUGAAACCCAAUCUCAGUCCCUUUCGCGGUCCCAGAGCAUGGACAUCGAUAGCGUUGCCUGUGAGAAAAGCAUGUCCCAGGUAGAUGUGGACUCAGGGAUUGAGAACAUGGAGGUGGAUGAGACUGAUCGCAGGGAGAAAAGGAGUCUGACCGACAAGGAACAGUCUUCAGACUCCGAGGUGUCGGAGGAGCAGUCACUGCAGCUGGUCUGCAAAAUUUUCCGGGUAUCUUGGAAGGACCGCGAUCGGGAUGUAAUCUUCAUGAGAAAUCUGUCCUCUCAGUUCAGACAGAGCCCUAAAGAAGUCUACUCCAAUUUUAAGGACUUAAUUGGACAGAUCUUAAUGGAAGUCUUGAUGAUGUCCACGCAGUCAAAAGACGAUAAUCCGUUCGCUAGCCUGACGGCUACGUCACAGCCAAUCGCAACGACAAGACUGCCUGAAAGGACUUUAACUCUGAAUUCGGCCACCAGCCUUGGCACCAGCCCCAUGCUAUGUAAUACAGGAUCGUUUGGUGCCAGCACAGUAUCCAGUCUUUAUGGUACUAGUCCGGUUUUUGCCACCAGUCUGGCCGCUGGUGCACGUAUGGCCGCUCCUUCCACCAUUCCACUUUCUAGCACGCCAUCAAGCAGCACUGGGCGGGUUGUGCCCGCCAGCCCACAGGCCACACAGAGCGUCCCUAUCAUAGUUCAUGCCGCUUCUUCACGCUUUCGUCCCUACACAAUAGCACAUUCAGGACCAUUGCCUAUUCCUUCAAGUCCUCGGACGGUCAGUGUUUCUCCCACGCAUCUGUCACCAAGCCCACGUACUCUUCCCAGCAGCCCUCGUGCAAUACCUGGCAAUUCACCCAGACAGAUGCCUCAGUUAUCUCCUAGAAUAUCCCCAAGACAAAGUCGGAUGCCAGCUAGUGGAACUAGCAGUUCGGAGUCGUGCGGCGAUCACUUCACAAUCGAAGCCUGCAAGGAGACAGAGAUGCUCAACUACCUCAUUGAAUGCUUUGACAGAGUGGGAAUAGAGGAGAGGAAAGCACCAAAGAUGUACAGCCAGCCAGAUGUGAGUCAGCUCCUGAGCAACAUUCGCUCCCAGUGUAUCUGCCAUGCUGCGCUGGUGUUACAGGGAGCGCUCACACAGCCAAGGUCUGUACAGCAGCCGUCUCUCCUGGUGCCAUAUAUGCUCUGUAGGAAUCUACCCUUUGGUUUUAUCCAGGAACUUGUGAGGACGACCUAUCAGGAUGAUGAGGUGUUCAGACAGAUCUUUGUUCCCAUUCUGCACGGUUUGGCUCUAGCUGCUAAAGACUGUUCUCUGGACAGCGAUAACUUCAAAUAUCCACUAAUGGCGUUAGGUGAGCUCUGUGAGAUUAAGUUUGGAAAAACUCAUCCCAUGUGUUCUUUGAUUUCAUCUUUGCCCCUUUGGUUGCCCAAAUCUUUAAGUCCAGCCACUGGCCGGGAACUGCAGCGGCUGUCUUACCUGGGAGCCUUCUUCAGCCUGUCUGUGUUUGCAGAAGAUGACAAUAAAGUUGUUGAGAAAUACUUCUCUGGUCCAGCAAUCACUCUAGAGAACACCCGAGUGGUCAGCCAGUCUCUGCAACAUUACUUGGAGUCGGCACGGCAAGAGUUGUUUAAGAGUCUGCACAGCAUCUUGCUGAAUGGAGAAACCAGAGAGGCUGCCCUAAGCUACAUGGCUGCCAUUGUCACCAGCAACAUGAAGAAGGCCCAGCUGCAGGCAGACGACCGCCUUGUGUCCACUGAUGGCUUCAUGCUGAACUUUUUAUGGGUGUUACAGCAGCUCAGCACUAAGAUUAAGCUGGAGACUGUGGAUCCUAUGUAUAUUUUCCACCCCCGAUGUCGCAUAGCACUGCCCAAUGAUGAAACCCGAAUUAAAGCUACCAUGGAGGAGGCGACUAGCUGGAUGGCGGAACUGAACCAAGAUCCUGCUGCUUUUUCCGAUCCCAAGUUUCCUACAGAGUGCUUCUUCCUGACGUUACAUGCCCAUCACCUCGCCAUCUUACCGAGCUGUCGGCGCUAUAUCCGUCGCCUCAGAGCGAUCCGAGAGCUGAACAGGACUGUGGAAGAGCUAAAGAACAAUGAGAGCCAGUGGAAGGACUCCCCGUUGGCCACCAGGCACAGAGAAAUGCUGAAACGUUUUAAAACGCAACUUAAGAAACUAGUACGAUGUAAGGCCUGUGCUGAUGCUGGCCUGCUAGAUGAAAACUUCUUAAGAAGAUGCCUCAGCUUUUAUGGAAUGGUCAUCCAACUCCUCUUGCAUAUGAUGGAUCCCGCAUAUCCAAGUAUAACGCUGCCUUUAAACCCAGACAUUCCCAAGAUGUUUGCUGCACUGCCCGAGUUCUAUGUAGAAGACGUAGCCGAAUUUUUGUUUUUUAUUGUGCAAUACGCUCCUCAGGUCCUCUAUGAAUCCUGCACACAGGAUAUUGCAACGUUCCUGGUGGUGCUGCUAUGCAACCAGAACUAUAUCAGAAACCCUUACCUUGUGGCCAAGCUGGUGGAGGUUAUGUUCGUCACUAACCCCGCCAUACAGCACCGGACCCAGAAGUUCUUUGAAUCUAUUGAAGGCCACCCGUUGUCAGUCAAACUCCUUGUGCCCUCGCUGAUGAAGUUCUACACUGAUGUCGAGCACACGGGUGCCACCAGUGAAUUCUACGACAAGUUCACCAUCCGCUACCACAUCAGCACCAUUUUCAAGAGCCUUUGGCAGAACCCAGGUCACCAUGGCACUUUUAUGGAGGAAUUCAACUCGGGGAAACAGUUUGUGCGUUACAUAAACAUGCUGAUAAAUGACACCACGUUCCUGCUGGACGAGAGCCUGGAGUCCCUAAAACGCAUCCACGAGGUGCAGGAGGAGAUGAGGAACAAGGAGCUCUGGGAACAGCUGGCUCGGGAACAGCAGCAAGUACGCCAGUCUCAGCUGGCCCAAGAUGAGAGAGUCUCUCGCUCCUAUCUUGCUUUAGCCACAGAAACGGUAGACAUGUUCCACAUUCUCACCAAGCAAGUGCAGAAGCCGUUCCUGAGACCCGAGCUUGGACCUCGGUUAGCUGCUAUGCUGAACUUUAACCUACAGCAGCUGUGUGGGCCCAAAUGUCGGGACUUGAAGGUGGAGAAUCCAGAGAAAUACGGGUUUGAACCAAAGAAGCUCCUGGACCAGCUCACGGAUAUCUAUCUGCAUUUAGACUGCGCGCGGUUUGCAAAGGCUAUAGCUGAUGACCAGAGAUCAUACAGCAAAGAUCUGUUUGAGGAGGUAAUUUCCAAGAUGAGGAAAGCUGGGAUAAAGUCCACCAUUGCCAUUGAGAAAUUCAAGCUACUUGCUGAGAAGGUGGAGGAGAUCGUAGCGCGAAACGCUCGAGCGGAGAUUGAUUAUAGCGAUGCACCGGACGAGUUCCGAGAUCCACUGAUGGAUACCUUAAUGUUGGAGCCGGUGAGACUGCCAUCUGGAAACGUCAUGGACAGAUCGAUUAUUCUGCGACAUCUCCUAAACUCCUCAACAGACCCCUUUAGCAGACAAACCCUAACUGAGAAUAUGCUUGAACCAGUGCCAGAACUGAAGGAGCGGAUCCACGCGUGGAUGCGGGAGAAGCAUAACACUGACCAGUGACACAAUGGCGCAUCAUUCAGAUAUUUGCAUUACUGGAGGAUGGCCACAGGGGCUUGGAACCUUGUACAUAUAUUUAAAUAAUAUUGCAAGCAUUGACGUGCUCACCUGAUGGAUAGUUAC